UGUCACUGACUGCACUGCUUGUCCCAAUUUGAUCACUGCGGCCGGCUGCCGCCAGCGUGAUUCACCCAGAAUCACCUUCAGCCGACCUCGCUGGUCCCAGCCUCGCCCCGUGGCACAGCACCACCCCAGCCUCUGCUUGCCCACAACCUCGCCAGCAUGUCGCCCAGCGAUUCCAAGCAUACGAUGGACACGCGGCGAACAAGCCAACCGUCGACGGUCAUGGUCAACAUUGCCGAGUCUGAGGAGGAUCCGCGCCGUUUCCACAUGGAAGUCAGCGAGCGUGUCGAGACAAAGACCAUCACGACGACGACACGAUUAACUCGAAAGUUUCCGCAUACUGCCGACCAUGCCCAGACGCAAUCGAGGCACCUAAACCCGAAAGACUACCCCCUUUACCAUAAGCCUACGCCGCCGGAGCUGCUCGCCUUCACCUACAACGUGCCUAGCAGUGAGGCCCAGGAUGACAACGAGCCUGGACAUCGUCCUGAUAAACCCAGACCAUCCAUCGAGCGAACGACGCCAGGCUCUCCCAAGAUCUUGCCUACACGCGAUGGAACGCUUGCACGUGCCUCACACGCCGCCUCCCGAUCGCCUUCAGAAGCAUACCCCCGCCGUCCACGAUCGAGUCGACAAGCACCUGGGCCAACGGACGGAUACUCCAAACAGCAGGAUCUUGGCAGCCAGCUUCAGUCCGCUGCGCAAAAGCUACGCGGAGCAUCUGGGGAGGCGAGCACGACACGCCGAUCGUCUCGUCAGCCCCGGUCGACAUCUAGCUUCUUGGCUACGCCUGAUGCCACGAGCGAACAGAAUUCAUCGUCUGCCAUCGAGCAAGCCCUUACAUCCCGCCCCCGACUUGGCCUGGGUGCUGAGCGGUUUGGCAGCCCUAGAGCAAGCAACACGGCUGCGAACUUUGGUAGCAACGUUGCCACCCCACCUAUUACGGACGCAGACGCCGAGCCUUUUGAAGAUGGCGAGGAUCACCAUUCUACCCGGAGUCUGCUCCAUCAUCCUCGGCCCAGCAUUGAUGUCGUCGCGGCUCAAGACGCUAGUCUUCCUAGUCCAAGGCUAUCUCCGACGCUUGCAACUUCCCAAUUGAACACCUCGAGCCAGGAGCAAGGGGGCGAUAGCGGCGACACCAGCUUCGCGACGAGCUCUUUCGCACUUAGCAAAUGGGACAGCGGCUCCAUCAAGUCCGAGGACGAAGACGCCAUGGCGCUCAGCAUGAUUGGCAGCCAGUCGAGAACAAGAGACGGGGGUUCCGUCAUGAUGGAUCCAUUUGGAUUCCUGGAUACUUUCGACAUGAUGAACCCCGACAUGCAGUCCUACAUGAUGUACCAGUUGUUACGCCGCUGUGCUAGGCCCACACUGCGUGUCGUUGCCAAUGCUGUCAACCCGGCUCUGAAAUGCGACUUUUUCUCGCAGCUACCCCUCGAGCUUAGCUACCACGUUAUGUCCUACCUCGACUUUCGCGAUCUGUGCCGGGCCGCCCAGGUAUCGAAACAUUGGCGCAAUAUUGUGGAUCGCAAUGAGACUGGGUGGAAGGAACUUUUCGACAGAGAUGGCUUCGAGCUUCCCGCGGGAGAGCUCAGCAAGGCCAUUGCUCAAGGCUGGGGCUGGCAGGACCCAGUUGGGCACAUGGGCGUUGAGAAAGAUUUGAGCAUGCAUAGGCGUCUAACCACCUCAGAGCAAGAGCUCACAAAGGACUUGCAGCCGCCCGCGCCCAAAACCCGACUUUCGAAGCGCAAGCGGGCUCUUAAUGCUCACCCCUCGAGCGAACGGUCGAAGCGUAGGGCCAGCGCACAGGAAGCGCUGUCUAGAGAGGAGAAGGCCCAGGUCGAGGUCAAGCAGCACCGGAGCGCAGGCCCGCUGUCGGCUGCUAAUGCUGCCGCUUCGGCCGUGCCCGACCCUCACCUUGGCCUGCCCAGCCUCCGUGAGCUGCACUUGUUCAAGUCGCUGUACCGUCGUCACCACAUGAUCCGCCAGAGCUGGAUGAGUGGCAAGGUGAAGCCUUCGCACGUGGCGUUCGCUGCGCACCCGCGCCAUGUGAUCACUUGUCUCCAAUUCGACGACGACAAGAUCAUCACCGGCAGUGAUGAUACUUACAUUCACGUCUACGACACAAAGACGGGCAAGCUGCGCAACAAGCUGGUCGGGCACGAGGGUGGCGUGUGGGCUCUGCAAUACGAAGGGAACAUCCUCGUGUCCGGUUCUACGGACAGGUCCGUCCGCGUCUGGGACAUUGAGCGCGGCAUUUGCCAACAGGUGUUCUACGGCCACACUAGCACUGUGCGCUGCCUGCAGAUCCUCAUGCCCGCCAAGACUGGUACAGGCCACGAUGGCAAGGCCAUUAUGCAACCAGAAAAGCCCUUGAUCAUCACGGGCUCGCGAGAUAGUCAGUUGCGAAUCUGGCGUCUGCCCGAGGUUGGCUCGAAGCGCUACAUCCAGAGCGGCGCGCCUGCGUCGGACUCGGAGUGCCCCUACUUCAUCAGGGCACUGCACGGGCACACGCAUUCCGUCCGCGCCAUCUCCGCGCACGGCGACACGUUGGUUAGCGGAUCAUACGACAGCGUGGUCCGUGUCUGGCGCAUCAGCACAGGCGAAUGCCUCCACUCAUUACACGGGCACUCUCAGAAGGUGUACUCGGUCGUACUGGAUCACGAGCGCAAUCGGUGCAUCUCUGGCUCUAUGGACUCGCUGGUCAAGAUAUGGGACCUGAGGACUGGAGCCUGUCUCUACACCCUGGAGGGCCACAGCCUGCUGGUUGGGCUUCUUGAUCUCCGGGACGAGCGCCUAGUGUCCGCAGCUGCCGACUCAACACUGCGUAUCUGGGACCCCGAGUCAGGACGUUGUAAGAGUACGCUCAUGGCGCACACGGGCGCCAUCACCUGUUUCCAGCACGAUGCUAGCAAGGUCAUUAGUGGCAGCGAGAAGACGGUCAAGAUGUGGGACAUUCAGACAGGUGAAUGCGUCCAGGACCUCCUCACGGACCUGGGCGGCGUUUGGCAGGUCAAGUUCAACGGACGGCGCUGCGUCGCGGCCGUGCAGCGAGACCAGUUCACCUAUGUCGAGAUUCUUGAUUUCGGUGCUGUCCGCGAUGGGCAAGCUCCUGAAGAUCUCGGCCGUCGGAUUCUGCUUAACGAAGACGAGGUCCCCGCUAUGAUUGAAGAGGAGCCAUGAUGAUUGACGGAUCCGACCACACCAACUAUGAAGCAUGCGCAUUCCUUCUGCAUUUGUAUACCAUUUUCCCAGCAUCGGAUACCCCUGUCGGUACCAACAUUUGGCGUUUAGAAACAUUUCUCGGUUCGCUAGGAGGCACAUGACGAACCAGGUAGUAUGGCGUUUUUGGAACGGCUUGUUCAUCUGUCAGUUGUUGCAAUAUGGUUACUUGUCUGCUAGGCUCAGUUAGACGCUGCGGCGUUUCUUCUGCAGGCUGUCUGUCCACGGAUGGAUGUACACAUCAGUAUUGCCCAUCCGUCCAUGGCUACA